UCAUGAGCUACCGCGCAUGUGUCGGAGCCUCGGGUGUCAGAGGAUCAUCACUAGCAAUAACCAGUGCAGUGCAAUGGGUCUACCUGAAUCUUGCUGACCUUCAGUGGCGACUGGCUCGCACAGCCAUCUGACAGCAUGCAGGGAUUCUACUCCAAGCUCGACUCCUCCCUCUCCUCGUCCCCACUACUGGGGAUGGGCCUCGGGGGAGACGGUGCUCCUGUACCUCUCAGCCUGGCUGUGGAGACGGAGAAAGCUCAGGCCCUCCUACAGACAUUCAGCUCCGCCUCUCUGCUGGCCUCUGCAGGACUCGGCAUGUUCUGUGUGGUGGCUGACCAUGCCCUCCAACUGUCGGUCAUCCAGCAACACCUGUGGCUGCGUGCUGCCUUGGACAAUGCCACGCAUGGAUUAGUUGGGCUGUGGUCAUGGGCGGUUGUUAUUGGACUGAGGAAAAAGAGCGAUCUGUAUGAGGUGCUGCUGGCUGGUCUUCUGGCAUCAAUCAUAGACCUGGACCACUUCUAUAUGGCUGGAUCCCUGUCACUCAAGGCUGCUGUGUCCCUCCCUCAGCGUCCUCCUCUACACUGCUCCUCUCUCAUCCCCGUACUCUGCCUCUCCCUCCGCUUUCUCAUGUGGAUCGGACGCCUCAAAGAUGCUUGGUGCUCCUUGCCGUGGAUGCUUUUCAUUUCCAUGGCGACGCACCACGUCCGGGAUGCCGUGCGCCACGGAUUGUGGGUGUGCCCUUUCGGCAACACGACACCGAUCCCCUAUUGGCUGUACGUCAGCACCACAGCGACCCUUCCUCACCUGUGUUCAGUGCUCAUGUAUCUGACAGGAACUAGGGACGUGAUCUCCACCAAACACGGGGUGGCCAUCGAUGUUUAGAGGCCACUGACUCUCCAUCAGCGUCUAAUACUGAUCGGGUAUGAUCACCUCUGGGUAAAUAUGUUGUAAGUUGUUUGAAACAACUUGUAGAUACUUGAAAUUACUGGAGAAUGCAAUGGUAUUAGUGGAAAUGAUGAAAGAUCAACUUAAAACAUGUUUUUUCAGCUUGGCUGAGGAGAAAUCCAGCGAAGGAAUUCAUUUUUUUCUGGUUUGUUUCCAAUCACAAGGAUGAAGAAACAGUCACUAUAUGAAAAUGGAAAACAAAAAAACCCUUACAGUCUAAACAUUUGGGUUUCCUUAGAUGGAAACAUCUGUAAAAUAACAAAUUAGCUUUUCAGAAACAGAACAUUCCAGUACGAGUGCCAACCACAAUGUUUUUUUUUUUUGGUGAGAUUUCUUUUUUUCUGGUAACAUGACAUUGUAUAUGAAUGCUGUUCACUUAUCUAUAGAGUGAUGUGGUUCUCUAACAAUUGUCUUAAGUGUUUGGGGAGUGACCCUUUAAAGCUUUGACAUAUCGUUUUGCAGAGGCUCACCUGCUAUCUGUUCAUCUACCCAAACCCAAAUAUGGGACCCAAGACUUGAUUUCCACUAAAGGCACAAGUGUUGACAUCAUUUCUUGAAUCCCCCCCCAAGAACUCUUAUUACCUUAACUACCACUAUCCGUCCUUAUCCUAAGAACACUCAAGGAACAGUCAACCAAAGGUCAACCACAGGCUGUAUGACACUGACAUAUUGUUAGCAGUGUUACUUUCACCCUCAGUGCAUCCAACAGUGUGUUUCCACUGUGCGUUUAAGAUUGUUCAUCUGCCAUUGUAGUGAAAUUCAGUGCAUCGUAGCUAGGUGUUUAAGUCACUACCACAGUCCAACGACAGAUUAAACAUUAACCAAAACCAUGAUUAUCGUGUGCAUCACUAAAUGCAGCACCUGUCACCCCUCCGGCUGCUUGGCUGAGCCUUAUUGUCCAGUCAAAGACAACGGUUCCUGUAGAAGCCAGUUUUUGCACGUCAGAGUUGCAGCAGUGGUUUUCAGUGCCAAAUGUGUCAGCCACGUUGACGGGACAAGGAUUUUAGAGUUGCCCGACGUGGUGGUAUUCCUUGUUUGUUUUUAAAAUUUGCAGGAUCUUGACACGGCAUCAGCAUUGUUGGAUUUAGCUGAAAUCCUCUUUUCAAUAACUAUGGACUUUUUAAAAAUCCUUUUAAUCCAAAGCACCAGUUUUGUUGGUGAUACUCGUUGGAUAAAAAGGCUGGGUUUUUUUUGUUGUUGUUGUUUUUUCCUGCAUCCAUGAAUCACCCUGCAAAGUGAGAAGUAUUCCACUGUUAAGAGAUACUGUGCUGAAGAUGCUGUACAGUUCAGACUGUUGGCUUAUUUUCUGGAUUCUUACAGUUGCACCAACACUUUCUUUUACAGGAAACUUUACUCAUUAUGUUAUGUACAUUUAGAGAUUUGUUACAGCAGAAGUAAAGUAUGAAAUAUGACAGAUGACUUUGAACUUUAAUGUUAUUUUGAAGUGACCUCUGUUUUACACCAACCAUAGAAAGGAUAAGGGAAAGGAGAAGAUGAAACUAAGGGUUAACUGUGUAUUUAUUUUAAACAUUCAAGGGAGUAAUUUGUAAAAUAGUGUUCAUUACAAGUAAUAUCUUCAUAUUACAUGCUGAUAGUUAACGAAAUGUUAAAAAAAAAAAAAGAAGAAAAAAAACAAAUUCUUGCUGUAUUUUGUCCUAUCGCAGUU